AUGAUGUUCUCGAUGCGCGCCGGGAGGGCGUUGUAUCAACAGGCUCGCUAUUUCUCAGCGAGCAGUCGCCACGAUGCCGACUUUACACAUGCUGUUAUUGGAGCUGGAGUUGUUGGCCUGGCCGUAGCAAGGAAAUUGCAGCAGCAAGAUGGCGCUCAGGUCGUAUUGAUCGAAAAGCACGACAUGGUUGGAAGCGAAACCAGCAGUCGAAAUUCUGAGGUAAUACAUGCGGGCAUAUACUACGGACACGAUACAUUGAAGACGAAGUUAUGCAUACAGGGCAAAGAAAUGAUGUAUGAUCUGUGCAGAAAACAUGAUAUACCACACAUGAAUUGUGGCAAAUGGAUCGUUGCUCAGACCGAUGCACAGAUGGAGUCGAUCAAGAAAGUGCACGACUUUGCAAAAUGGAUUGGAGUACCAACUCGCUACGUCCCAAAAGAGGAAGCAAAGCAACGCGAACCUGACGUUCGAGCCGAAGCAGGCGUCCUUGAAAGUCCAACCACAGGCAUUGUAGAUUCGCACGGCUUCAUGCAGUGGCUUCAAGGAGACUUCGAGAACGAAGGCGGCACUUUAGCGCUGGUCAGUCCGGUCACGAAAAUUGAGAAGCCCUCAAGCAGCAGUUCAGACUGGAGGAUUUGGACAGGACCAGAUGCCUCCCAGCCUGUUCCAUCCGAUCCUACGCCUCAAACCCCAGAGCGAAGUCCCGCCGACGAAGAAGACACCUUCAUCACAGCAGAGACAGUCAUCAACAGCGCUGGCCUCUAUGCUUGCGCAAUCAACAACAUGAUACUUCCUCCAGAUCGACAUCGAACACCCUACUAUGCCAAAGGCUCAUAUUUCAGCUACUCAAAAUCCUCGCCAAAACCAUCAACCUUAGUCUACCCUGCGCCGACACCAGGACUAGGAGGUCUCGGAACGCAUCUGACUUUGGACAUGGCCGGACAAAUACGCUUCGGUCCAGAUGUGGAAUGGGUCGACUCACCUACUGAUCUCGCACCCACUCCGAAUGCAAAGCGUUUUGAGAAAGCACUAGAGGAGAUCCAGUCCUUCCUGCCCGGCAUCGAUCCUGAAGCUGUGAGUCUUGGUUACGCUGGGAUAAGACCAAAGCUAGCUAAGCUUGGCGCUGUCGCCAGUGGUGAAAAAGGCUUCCAGGACUUUUAUAUCAAGAAGGAACACGACAUCGACGGGACUUUUGUCAAUCUGCUUGGCAUCGAAAGUCCGGGUUUGACGAGUAGCUUGGCUAUCGCUGAGGAGGUUUACCGCAUUUUGUAUAGAUGA